AUAGUUUCGUUUUUAUCAUUUACAUAUACACAGACAGAUUUUUAGCUAACAUUGUUGAAAAACUCCUUAGUUUAACGAAUUAAAAUUGCUGAACUAGAUUAAACAAAGUGCCGGGCAAACCGUUAGAUUAUUAAGACAAGAAUUAGCCAAAGGAAAAGUGUAAUUAAAUCACGUGAUGAAAAUCAGAUUAAAAAGUUAGCCCCAAAAGUGUGCGAAAGAAAGGCGAAGCGACGAAGUGAAGUGUGGAAGAAAGAAGUUUUUUUCUAAUUGGAUUUGGGGCGAAGCCGACGACAGAGACACAGACAGCCCAUCAAGCAGAAGGGAGAGUGCGAUAGCGACCGAUUAAUAGGAAGGCAGACAGCUUUAAUUAACAAUGUUUCGGAAAGAAAUUAAUAUUAAAAACCGAGGGCCUUGCAAAUAUGAGUCCUGCCAAAACUUAAAUGCGCAAUAUAAAAGAAAUUAAGUGAGAGACAACCAACCAACAAAACAAAAAAAACCCGAAAGAGUGACCUCGCGCCAGUGCCUGUGUGUGUUGUGUGCGUGUGUAAGCAAGAGAGGGGAGGAAAUCUCCCGCUCCAAAUAUUUAACAAAAACAAAUUUUCUUCAACAACAAUAACAAGACGGGGAAAAAAAAGCGCACAACAAAAUAUUGUGGCAGACUUUGAACUUGCCUCUGUGUGUGUGUGUGUGUGUCCGUCUGUCUGUCUGUGUAUGUGUGCAAAAGAAAAACGAAAAACCUAAAAAUCAGCCAUGAAAAUGGCCGUGAAAAUCUAUCUCUGUCUGCUCACAUUUUGCUGCUGCCUAAUGGCCUCCAAUUGGGCCACACCAAUUGAAAUGAUCAUCAAUACAAAUGCCACCAAAUGGCAGCCAACAGCAGUAAUAGCAGCAGCAGCAGCACCGCCAACAACUACAACCACAACAACAAGGGCGCCAACAUUAGCAGCAGCAGCAGCUGGUGAGGCUUAUCUAACCGCUGAUAACAACAGCAGCAGCAGCAGCCAUGGCAACAACAACACAAACAACACCAGCAGCAGCAACAACAACAACAACUACAACAACAGCAGCAAUGUAGCAGUAACAAUAAUGCCUCAAACAGCAGCAACAUCAGCACCAGGAUUAAGAGGAGUUGCCCCAAUUAAAAAACAUGAAAAGCUUAUCAAAUGCCAUUGCGAUAUUUGCAAGGAGACAAAUCAUAUUUGCGAAACGGAUGGCCAUUGCUUUACAUCGGUUGAAAAGGAUGUGGAUAAUAAGAUCAUUUUCAGUUUUCGAUGCCUAAAUAUGUCACAGAGUUUUCCGCCGGGCCGUUUUAUAUGGUGUAACGAUGGUCGUCAGGGUGGACCCACAGCCAGGCCAGCUGCCCGACGCGGUGGUCAUGCCUGUUGCAAUGAUCGUGAUUUUUGUAAUCGUCAUUUACGACCGAUUAUCAAAUAUUAUGCCACAUCGGAGACCGAUGAUAUCAAUGCUGAAGAUGCUCCUAAUGAUAUUCAAGAUGAAGAUAAUGCCCAACUCUCUUAUGAAGAUUUUCAUACCGAUUAUAAGCUAAAUAGCUGGGAACUAGUUGGCAUCAUCGUUGGCGCCACUCUAAUCAUUUGUCUGUCGGGCACAUUUGCCUGGUAUUAUUGUCAGCGACGCAAACGCAUUGCCAGUGGUCGACCAUAUCCGAGAGAGGAUUCUGUAUAUGAUCCAAUAUUGAAUGGCAAUACGACAAUACAUGAUAUCAUUGAGAUGACCACAUCCGGAUCGGGUUCAGCUGGUCUUCCCCUUCUGGUACAACGUUCCAUAGCACGGCAAGUGCAGCUUUGCCAUGUCAUUGGCAAGGGUCGCUUCGGCGAGGUGUGGCGUGGUAGUUGGCGUGGCGAGAAUGUGGCAGUUAAGAUUUUCUCUAGCCGUGAGGAAUGCUCUUGGUUUCGCGAGGCCGAAAUCUAUCAGACUGUUAUGCUGCGUCAUGAGAAUAUAUUGGGUUUCAUAGCAGCCGAUAAUAAGGAUAAUGGCACUUGGACACAGCUUUGGCUGGUCACCGAUUACCAUGAGAAUGGUUCACUCUUCGAUUAUCUAACCACACACUGUGUGGACACGAAUACCAUGCUUAACAUGUCCUUAAGUAUUGCCACCGGAUUGGCUCAUUUGCAUAUGGAUAUUGUGGGUACACGCGGCAAGCCGGCCAUUGCCCAUCGUGAUCUCAAGUCUAAGAAUAUUCUGGUCAAAUCGAAUUUGAGCUGCGCCAUUGGCGACUUGGGUCUGGCAGUGCGUCAUGUGGAGAAAGAUGAUUCUGUGGAUAUACCAUCGACACAUCGUGUGGGCACUAAACGUUACAUGGCACCCGAAGUUUUGGAUGAGAGCAUGAAUGCCCAGCACUUUGAUUCGUAUAAACGUGCCGAUGUCUAUGCCUUUGGUUUGAUAUUAUGGGAAAUAGCACGUCGUUGUAAUAUGGGAAUGAUCUAUGAUGAGUAUCAAUUGCCCUACUAUGACACAGUACAGCCAGAUCCAAGUAUCGAGGAGAUGAAGAAGGUCGUUUGCAUUGAAAAGUGUCGACCGAGUAUACCAAAUCGUUGGCAUGCCUCCGAUGUGUUGCAUAAUAUGGCCAAAGUGAUGAAAGAGUGCUGGUAUCCCAAUCCAGUGGCUCGUCUAACAGCGCUGCGUAUUAAAAAGACACUGGCCAGCAUAAGUGUGGAGGAUAAAGUAAAGAACUGAUUGUGGCUCUAGUCGGGCGAUUUGAAAUUGACACCAAAACCCAAACCACCACCAACCACAACAACAACAACAAACAGAAUACCACAAUUUUAGUGGUAAGAUAUACACACACACACACACACGCACACACCUGUAACCUGUAACCUGGCCCCGUGUUACCUUAACUAUGGCAGUUCCAAAAAGCACAGAAAAAAUUGUAAA